AACUUCAAGAAGACCCUAAAACGCAACCAAAUAAAUUAGCAAAGAAAAAGAAGUUACAUGAAAGUGAUGACACUCCAGUUCUUUUAGAAGAGAAAUUAUUACUAGAAUUUAAAAAGUUAGAAAACGCAAUGUUGAAUUUUGACAACAAAUUAAACACAGUAACACUUCAAGUUCAGGAGACACAGCAAAAAGCGGAUAUAAAAGAUGUCUGGCCAAAGCAUAAAUUCAACAAAGCACGUGAUCAACACGAGUAUAACACACUGAGGUCUAUAGGAAAAGAGCUCGAACUAGCAAUGGAAUCUCUGACA